AUGGGUGCUGGAGCCAGUGCACCGUCUGCUGCUGCUACUCUCCCCGCUGACUACUCCAUCUGGGAUAAUAUGAGCCAUAGCAGCGAUGAGGAGGAGGUAGAGAACAGCAGUGACGAGCAGGAGAGCGAGAGUGGGAGUGACGAGGAGGAGAGAGCGAGUGGAAGCGAUGAGGAGGAUAGGGAGGGUAGCAGUGAUGAGGAGGAAGAGGAGGAGAGUGAGAGCAGCAGUGAGGAAGAGGAGGCUGCCGGAGUCAGCUCAUCUGGUUCUCGCUGGUCCAAGUCUGAAUCUCUCUGCUCCUGCUGCUUCCACAGGGUGCUAGGCACCCAGGGCAGAUUGGCUCUUGGCAUUUCGAGCCGGAAAGACUUCCGCGAGGAUUUACUUCAGCAACUGCCGGAUUCCAUUCCCCUGGCAACACCAGACAGGCAGGGAGUGGGUAGGUCCCUGGGAGGUGGUAGAGGAGAAAACGCACCAGGACAGGGAGCAAAAGUACGGGCAGGGAAGAGGAAGGGAGCAGCAGAGAUGGGAGCAACAGGAGGCGGUGGUGGGUACACGUGUGACCUCGCCCCCCACCUUUGUGCCGAGGAGAUGCUUCUCGAGUGGAUGGCUGAGCCUCGUGUGGGCGUGCUCAUGGACCUGGGGAGGAUCAGAUCCCGCCUGCCUGCAAUCAUUGCUGCUACAGGUGAUCCUGCCGAUCCUGACCCAAAUGCUGCCACGUCCUCGUCCUCCUCCGCUCUCCCCUCGCACACACCCCCUGCCUCGGUCCCCUGGUCGUGCUGCUGGCGCUGCAGCAGCUGCUGGGCCUCCUACCGUCGCGCUGUGUCCCUCUGCGCCUUCCUUGUGCUUGUAGCGAAUUCUUUUCGCUUUGUGAUUUUAUGGAGGGCUCAGCUUGCCUCCCUUACAGGCCUCUUCGCUCCUACUGUGGAGGAGCUAGGGGCCCACAGGCAGGAAGAGGAAGAUUGUUUGGCGACGGUGCUGGUGCAGGUGCUGGGGAUGAAGGGAGGAGAGGAGAUAAACGAUGGUUUUAAAGCCCAUGUGCUGCCGCUGUUGCCUGGUGGUGCGGAGGCGCACAGAGAGAGUGAGGGUGGAGCAGGGAGGAAUGGGGAGAAGCGGGAGGCUGGGAGAAACGGUGGAAGACGGGAGGGGAAAGGUGAUGGUGGUGCGGGCAGCAGUGGGGAGUGGAGUCAGGGGCUGGAGGGUCCUGUGUGGGACAGGUAUGUGGGCGGUAUGGCUUGUCUUCUUGCGCAUGAUGGACGGGAUGAGAUGAGGGCCCCCAAAGCCGCUUCCAGCAUCAACAGUGAUCCCAACGGUUCGUUGAGUUCACGCAUCUCCAAAACUUUCAUCAGCAGCGGUAUUCCCAAGGGCAUGUUUGUGAGUGGCAUUGACGCCACUGGUUUCGCCCUUGCCGUUGCUACAAUUCUCUCCAAGCCCCAAUUCUCCGAGGAUGCUUGCCGGGUGUUCUUCACAGAUGCUAAUAACGAGUACAGAGUGAAGCUGGAGAAUUCUGCGACUGAGGCUGCCAGGAAGAAAGUAGGCAUGGGUGCUGAAAGAGAGGGAGAAGGUGGGGAUGGAAAGAGCCGUGGAGUUGAGAUUGGUGUGAGAGGUACAGUGAAGGACGGCUGGGAGGCGGUAACCGCAGUCAGUAACACGCUCGUGACUGUGCUGGCGUGGAGGGUGAGCCGCAUCCUUAUGUGGGUCCGAACCUACGGCCCGAACCUGCAAUCUCCAAAGGCAUGCGCACUCCGAACCUGCGUCAAGCCAAAAGAGAAUCUCCCAAACCUCUGCCACCCAUUUCGGAAUCUCCCGAGCCUGCUGAUCAGGUCCGGCACCGUGCCGGAGCCCUUGGUUUGGCAGGGAUUUUCUUGGGAGUGGGAGGAGUUCCCUGCGGGUGAUGAAGCUGCUUUAAAGCUUCCUGAUGACGUGCAAGGGAGGAUUGAUUAUAAGAAAACCCUUGAAGAGAAGUAUGGGGUUACUGUGGACUGGAAAAAUCCCACAAGUGCCAGAGCAGCAGCAGCAGCAUUGCCAGCAGCAGCAUCGGCAGCAGCAGCUUCAAAGAGCCGUCCAGUCAUUCGCACACUCGCCGACGUCGAGUUUCUGGUUGAAGCCAUGGCAGCAGAUUGGAAGGCUCCCAGGUGCACGCGGUGCUGGAAGUGCCAUGUCAAGCACGCUGGCGCCAUCAACCUCGUCGCCCUCUUCGCCUCCUUCGCCUAUCGCCCCGUCUCCACCCUCAUUCACCGCUUCCUCUUCCUCUUCCCUCCCGACCAAACCAGAGAGGCGUACAGCCUUCUCGGCCUUUUCAUGCCGUCGGGACAAGAGGAGACGGUGAACUGGAGGCACGUGAGAGGGCGGCUGGAAGGGUUUGCCGAGGAACAGGAAAUGGCGAUGUUCAUGCAUGCUUGCUCUAUAAUAGCGAGCAGGUGGGCCAAGGAGGAGGAGCCGAAUCCGGGGCGGUUUGCUCGGCUUGUAGAGGAGGAGGGCGCGGGGCAGGAGAAGGGUGGGUUGGGAAAGUGGAAGCAACUGGAUAGUGAGAUGUGGGAGGAGGUUCGGAUGUGGCGGCAUGCUGCCAAGGCUGCGUGGCCUGGGGACAGGAGGAACUGGAUGGGAGAGCUUCGGGAUAAGUGCAUGGGCCGCAGGAAAAGGACGAAACAUAGGUGCAGUGAAGACGAGGAGGAAGGGGGAGGGGAGGAACAGGAGGAGGAGGGGCUGGUUUAUGCGAAGAAAUGGGUGGGAGGAGUGAAUCUGCUGGCCUGCCUGAGAGCAAUGCUGCUGGGAGAGCCAUGGAAAGGGUGUCAUUCUGCUGCUGCUGCUGCUGCUGCUGCUGCUACUGAUUUGGAGAAAGGGAAGAUGGAAGCGGCAAAUCAAGCAGCAGGGAACAAAGCAGGUGGCAGCGCAGCAGAAAGCGAAGAACCUGGAACCCCGGCAGGCACUUUCUGGACAGAUGCAUCGGUUGUAGAUACCCGGGCAGAGCGACUGAAAUCAGGGUACCGGCGCGUGUGCCAGGGGCCGAGGUGCAGCUGUGUGGAGUGGGAUGGCGUGGAGCUGAAGAUGUGUAGGCGGUGUGGCAGCGAGUCAGGAGGAGAGUCAUCAGGAGCAGGGAUAUCUGCACGGCAGCGAGGGCGAACCAGGCACGGCAGCGAGGGCGAACCAGGCACGGCAGUGCGACGACAAGCAAGGGGCGGCAGGAGAGCACUGCCGUUCCAAGGGGCUUGGAAAGGAUCCGAGAAGGUUCAGGUGCUGUCGCGCGCAGACAUGGUGCAUUACGUGGACGUGAGAGGCGCGUGGGACUGGCGAGAGUGCGAGUGCUGCUUCGACCGCGCAGUGAGCUACCGCGCACAGCGCGCACUCGGCAUGGUCCGCCUGAGACACUUCCGUUGCGACCUUCAGAGGCAGCUGCCAGACUCCAUCCCCCUUGCUCCCCAGGAGCGACCAUCCAGCGCCAUGGUUGAGGACUCUGCUAGAGUGCCCUUGAGGCCGUUGGAGCCUCUGGAGGAGUGGCCUCCCCAGCAGUUGUUCGGCGUCAAGUGUGCCGUGGCGCCCAUUCGCUGUGCCGAGGCGAUGAUUCUCGAGUGGAUGGCUGAGCCUCGCGUGGGCGUGCUCAUGGACCUGGGGAGGAUCAGAUCCCGCCUGCCUGCCAUCCUGGCCGCUACAGAUGCUGCUACAGCUGCAACCUCUCCUGCGACAGCUGCUGCCCUUGCUGCCGCUGCUAGUGGAACGUGGGCGACUCGCUGGGCUGCCUACCGCCGUGCUGUGAGCUUCGCUGCCUUCCUCACGCUUGUAGCGAGGUGCCCGCGCGUUGUGAAUCUAAAGAGGUUGUGUAUGCGUGGAGAGACCUCAGUUUAUCCGGCUAUCAUGGCCCAGUUCGGGGCGGGGAGGCAGGUGGAGAACGACUGCAUUGCGUCCGUGCUGGUGCAGGUGCUGGGGGUGAAGGAGGUUGCUGACCUGCAGGAAGGGUUUGGGUUCUUCGUGCAGCAUGUGCUGUCAGGCGGGCUGGAGAAGGCGCAUGGAGAGGAGAAGGGGAGAGGGGCAGCUGGAGAGGAGGGUGCUGAGAAGACACACUGGGAGGAGGGGGGGACUUGGGGGGAGGCUGCAGAGAAAGCGCAGGGAGAGGAGGGACGGGCGGAUGGCGAGAUGAUGGAUAGGGGUGGGGGCAUGGAAAAGGAGGAGGAGAAGGUGGCCGCCCUGGCAAGGUUGAUUGCCUCUCAGGUUGAUGCUGGUGGUGGGAGGGACGGAGGGGAACCAAAGCAUAGCAGCGAGGCGAGCAAAGGGGGAGAGAGACACAGCAGCGGGGCGGCUAAUGGAGCUGCUGGGGAGGGUGGCAGACGAGGGAAGAAUGGGCAGUGGAGGGAGAAUCUGAAGGGGCAUGUGUGGGAGAGGUAUGUGGAUGGCAUGGCUUGGAUUCUGGAGCAUAGAGGGGGGGAAGGGAGGGAGUUUAGAUGCAGCCAGUGCAGUGAGGAGGGCAGCCAGUGCAGUGAGGAGGGCAGUCAGUGCAGUGAGGAGGGCAGCCAGUGCAGUGAGGAGGGCAGCCAGUGCAGUGAGGAGGGCAGCCAGUGCAGUGAGGAGGGCAGUCAGUGCAGUGAGGAGGGCAGCCAGUGCAGUGAGGAGGGCAGCCAGUGCAGUGAGGAGGGCAGCCAGUGCAAUGAGGAGGGCAGCCAGUGCAGUGAGGAGGGCAGCCAGUGCAGUGAGGAGGGCAGCCAGUGCAGUGAGGAGGGCAGCCAGUGCAGUGAGGAGGGCAGCCAGUGCAGUGAGGAGGGCAGCCAGUGCAAUGAGGAGGGCAGCCAGUGCAGUGAGGAGGGCAGCCAGUGCAGUGAGGAGGGCAGCCAGUGCAGUGAGGAGGGCAGCCAGUGCAGUGAGGAGGGCAGCCAGUGCAGUGAGGAGGGCAGCCAGUGCAAUGAGGAGGGCAGCCAGUGCAGUGAGGAGGGCAGCCAGUGCAGUGAGGAGAGCAGCCAGUGCAGUGAGGAGGGCAGCCAGUGCAGUGAGGAGGGCAGCCAGUGCAGUGAGGAGGGCAGCAACAAUGGAGGUGAUGUGCAGGUGAAUGGUGCUCCCAAGGGCAUGUAUGUGAGUGGAGUAGGCGCCACGGAUUUCGCUCUUGCGUUUGCCACAGAGCUGUCUAAGCCAGAGAGCUGUGCUGAGGCGUGUAUGUACAUAUUGGAUGGGAACAAUGCCAAUAAGGUGAGGGUGGAAGAGGCAGCAAUUCAGGAGGCUAGAAGCAGGUUGAGAAGAGGGGUAGGUGGAAAGGGCAGAAAAGUGCGUUCAGGAGGAACAGGAGGAGAUGGGGCAGCAGCAAACACGAGUGGGGCAGCAGCCAACACGAGUGGGGCAGCAGCAAACACGAGUGGGGCAGCAGCAAACAGGAGCGGGGAAGCAGCAAAAAAAAUCCGAGCAGCAGCAAGCACUACCGGGGCAGUAUCAAACACGAUUCGGGAAGCAGCAAACACGAGUGGGGCAGGAGCAAACACGAGUGGGGCAGGAGCAAACACGAGUAAGGCAGGAGCAAACAGGACCAGAGCAGCAGAAGCAUCAGUGAUGAGGAAUGCAUCUGCUUUCAGUGCUGCUGCUUCAGAUGAAAACCGGCCUUGUACACGAGUGGAUGGCACCUGCGCCAGCUACAACCCUGGGCUAGUACCCGUAAACACAAAUCCGGUUUUUUCAGCCUUCACUUAUCGAGUUGCCCGCAUCUUACAGUGGGUUCGAAUCUACGGCUCAGAUGUUGUCUUUGUAGACCGAUGCUGCAAGAUUAAGCCACAGAAUAAGAUCCUGGAAAUGCCCCAUCCCUUUCGAGACCUCCCGAGCCUGCUGCUGAGGCUUGGUGCCAUCCCCAAGCCUCUUGAUGAUGCUGAUUUUUCUGUAGAGUGGGAGGAAUGGCCACAGGGCGAUGAAGCUGCUUUGAAGCUUCCAGAUGAUCCCAAUGCAAGAUUCUUUCUGCUGGGUAUCUCGGAGGAGAGUGGAACGGGAGUGGAGAGUGAGCAGAGGGUGACAGAAGCAGCAUCAAAGUCUGGGAGGAAGCACACGAGGCGGAAGGUGAGAGGAGCCAAGGCACCUGGCCAAGCGAGUGACGGCAGUUGGGGCCAUACAGACAGAGGGAUUGGCGGAGUGACGGAGCAAAAGGGCAUUCCACAUCCAUUCGGCAUGGCUGUUAUACGGCCGCCUCCGAGAAGGAAGCUUCCCAUUGUCCGUUGCGUGGCGGAUGCAGAAUCUCUUGUGGAGGGGGUCGGCCAGGUCGUGACUCCACCGGCAUGUACCCACUGUGUCCAGUGCUUCCGCGACUACUACCUCCUCCUCCCAUCCAUCGCCCUCAUUGCCAAGUAUGCCUACCGCCCCCUCUACGUCCUCUUCAACCGCUUCUUAUCCGUCUUCCCGCCGCACUCCUUUGGGUUCCACACGCUUGUGAAGGACAUGGGGUUGCCGCCGUUUCCCUCAGGCCCGGCUUCACCUACCAACCUUGCAAUUCUGCGCGGUGAGAUCGAGAAGGAGCGCGUUACCUUUCUGCUGCUCGUCGCCCUCAAGUGGCCGGCCUCCAUUCUGGAUUUGGAACAGUUUGAGGGCAAAGAGCUGUUGGAGGGAGACGCGAUUCGAGUGAAGAAGAAGGUUGCGACGGGGAGGAAGAAAGGGAAGGCUCGGAGAGGGAUGGGAAACGGAGGGGAGGAGGAGGAAGAGGAGGACGAUGGAGAGGUGUGGGAGGAGUUGGAGUCGUGGUGCUUCACAGCCCAGAAUGCCUGCCCAUCCAGCCUGCGUGUCUCGUUGCGGGAUGCCGAUGUUGAAUCGGAGGACUCAGGUUCAGGUCUGAGUGAUGUGUGCAUGGGCAGUGAGGGGCAGCAGGAGAGGGUGGACAUGAACACGAGGAUUGCUGAUCUGGUCAGCACAGGUGCGGAGAAGAUGCGCCGAAAGAGGGUGCAACUCCGCCGGGGUGGUGCUGUGGCGAGUAGCAGCACUGGCAAGGGCAAUGAGGGAAAGGGGAAGAAGGCGGAGCUGCCACCUUACCUAAAGGCAUGGCCGGGGGGGGUCAAUCUGCUGGCAUGUCUGCGAGAGAUGCUGUUGGGGGAGCCGUGCUACCGCCCUGCCUCCCCUGCUGCCCCUUCCGUCCAUCCUGGUGUGAACACCACUGGUGCAGCGCCAAGCACAACUGCUUCUGCCUCUUCCUCCCUUGCUGCUCCAACAACUGCUGCUCCAAACACUGCUGUCUUGUCUACCCACCCACCCGUGCACACCCGUGCUACCAUGUCUACCUAUGCUGCUUCUUCUCCCCAUGUCACCCCAACUACUGGUGCUGCAAUAGGCACUGCAAAUACAGCUGCAUGUGCAGAGGCCUCUGCUCUUGAUGCUAGCAGGGAGAGUAGGUGCAGUGCUGCGGGGUGUGGAAGGAUGGAGGGUGGUGGUGUGAAGCUGAGGAGCUGCGGUGGGUGUGGCAAGGUGGCGUAUUGCAGCAGAGAGUGCCAAAAGGCGCACUGGCCCUCCCACAAGCUCACAUGCCCCGGCAGGACCAGUGGCAAGGAGGGUGCCAGCCGCAGUGGCAAGGUGAGUGGAAAAUAUGAGUGA